GUGGUGCUUUCUUGCUGUCACGGCAUUCCAACGACAGCACCAUGCCGCCACCAAGGAUACAACCGAGUCUGGUGACUCAAUUGAGUCAAAUGUCACUGUCGGCAUCGAGACCGCGACCACUCAACCAACCGAACAUCCCCUCAUUCCUCGUACCAUCCCUCAAGACCAGCACCCCACGAUUCUUCUCCAGCACGCCAUCCCACGCCAACUGGCUGAUCCCCAAGACCGGCGAGUCCAGCAAGUCCCGCAAAGGACGAUGCCGCGUGCCCACCGGCGGCAGCAUGCGCGGAACGACCGUCAUCUGGGGCGACUACGGCCUCCGGAUGCGCGACCACGACCGCCGCAUCUCCUCGCAGCAGCUCAAGAUCGCGGAGGAGACCAUCAAGAAGCGCCUCCGUGGUAUGAAGUUUAGGUUCUAUACGAGGAUUGCGGCGGAUAUUGGUGUCUAUACGAGUGGAAAUGAGAGCCGUAUGGGUAAGGGAAAGGGAAGUUUCGAUCAUUGGGCUAGCAGGGUGGCUGUUAGUAAGAUUUUGUUUGAGAUCAAGGGCGAUUUGCACGAGCAGGUUGUCAAGGAUGCUUUUAGGUUGGCUGGAAAUAAGUUGCCCGGUCUUUAUGAAUUCGUUAAGAAGGGUGACCCACCAGUCAUGGGAAUCACCAAGGUUGGUGUGAAUGGCGUCACAGAGGCAGACUUGAGGCGGCCAAGGAAGAAGCUGCCUUUGGAGGAAACAGCUGCAAGCCUGCCCUCAAGCACGCCCUCAUAAUUGUACACUAUACCAAUCUGUGUCGUGAAAAGACACCUGUAAAUCCUGUUCAUCAUAGCAAUGUGUCAUUGGCAUCACGUACGCUACAAAAUGAUUUGUCAAUGUUAAAUGUAUUUAGGGAGAUGAACGAACGCUAUCAAAC